GGUGACCAUGAGCUCCCGCCGAGAGCGCCGCUGGUCCCAAUGCAGAUGCAGAUUGAGGACGUUGUUCGAUUGGAUUCUGAGCGAGAGAGUGUUCUCGUGCAGCCUGGCCAGUCUGUCGCUGUUGAGCAGCCCCCUGCUGCUAUUGCUGCUCCCCAGCCUGUUGGUCCUGUGUCUACUGUGGAGGAAGCACCUGGUGCUCGUGGAGGCGUAGACGUGCAGACUGCUCCUGUUGAUAGUCUUGCUGACAGCGAUACUGUGGCGCGACACCGAGUCUCGCGUUUUGGCAGAAAGCGUAAGAGGAACUCGAGACUCAAUAAUUUUGAGCUCCACUAUGUUGCGCACAAGCUGGUUAAAGUUUUGCAGUGUGAAUUUAUCUCGCCAACCCAGUCUCGACUGCAUUCAAGAGAUGUACCUGUGCCAGCGACGUAUAAGCAGGCAAUUCGGUCGAAGUUUGCUGCGUACUGGUUGGCCGCUAUUGCUGAAGAACUCGAGUCGCUGCGCAAGCAUGGUGUGUGGCAGGUUGUAGAUAGAAGUGCUGCUGGAAAAUCUGCUGUGAUCACGAACAAGUGAGUCUUUGGAAUCAAGAAGGACGAGAACAGCUUCGUCAAGCGCUUUAAGGCUCGGCUCGUCAUACAUGGGU